AUCACUACAACAACAAUUGGAAAGGUCUUGCAAAACAAGGAGAAUGAAAACUAUGGACUAUAACGAAGUUCUAGAUUUCGGGGAUGGCCCUGUCACAGACGUGGACACAAAACUUGAGAUAUUAAAAUUCAGCUACAACUGGUCAGAUGCAGUUGAAGAGGAGGAAAGACGUAUGGAGGAAGAACAAAAGCAGCAGAAAGAAAUGAAAAAGAAGAUGGAAAAAGAAAUUUCAGGGGAAGAGAAGAAAGAUUGCAACAAGAACCGCAAAAGGUAUCAUAAAAUAACUGACCCAGCGGGCUCAAUUUGCUAUUUUUUUUUGUAG